GCGCGCGAGCACAUAGGAAGCAAGAUGUCGUUUGAAUUGUAGAUUUGGAUCAACUGAUACAAGCAGCAGGCGGAGCCGGGUCGGCCUGGUACCAACUGAUCCAACACACCGGGCCGUGACCAUGUCCGGUUCUCUUCUGGUGGACAGAGACAUGUGGAGGUGAAGAAGACUGCGGACAGAGGAGAGGAGGAAGGUCUGAUUCUGCGGGGACUCUCCGCCUCCUCCUUCCCCGCGCAGGGAGCGCGCCGCGCGGCUGCGGGAGAGGCGUGACGCGCCCGAACCGCAUCUCCAGGAUGGCAGGUCCUCCUGAUGGGCCCUCGGCUCUGUGCACCGGGAUCAAACAGCCAGCCCUUUGAGGAUGAUGGACCCUGUGAUCCCACCAGGCCCUGGCUCCAGGACCAGGACCAGGAUGGAAUCCAGAACCUCAGCGUGCAGAAGUGCACUCAGUGUGAUCCUGCUGGUGGUCGGCACACUGGUUUCCAUGGUAACGUCAAGCUCACCUGCUGCAGGUGUUCUGGAAUUGAACAGGACAGUAGAGUCUCCAUCACACCCUUCAUCACCCUCCUCCCCUCUCAGUCUCCCCGCCCCCAGCCCAUACUCAGACUCUGGUUACCAUAGAAACAGCGGUGGUGCAGGCUCUGCGGAGGACUCAGACUCUGGUGCUCAGGGGAUCCAUCUCCUCUUGAGACCUCCAGAUCUCUUGUCCCCCAGCCUUCCCCCACCCCUCCCCCCACACACCCAGCCUACCCUAACCCCUCCUCCCCCCUGGGAGCAGGGUCCCUCCCUGGAAGAGGCCUGGGGUUCGGGAGACUACAUGGAGACCCUGUCUUUCAUGGUGCCCGAUGGCGAAGAGAUGGCCUUAGCCACCCCGCUGCCCAACCACACCUAUGACGAGGAUGACGGGGGGGACUGGGUCUCCUACGACACUGCCUUCCCAGCACGUCCCACCCUCCCCCUCUCCUCCCGCCUCCCCCUCUCCCCCUCCUCCUCCACCCCCAGUAUCCCCCUGCACACUCGUCCCACCCAUCCGAACGUCUUCCCUGCCUGGGAUGAUGACUAUGACCUGGAAGACAUGAUGCCUCUGGAACCGACAGAGCUGCUGCUGCCGGACAUGAACAGUCUGGAGUACUACACCAACCUGCUGGCACGGGAGAGGGAGAAGGAGAGAGAGCAAGACCGGGACCGGGUCAACCGGACUGACUCAGAGCCCCCCAUCACUCCCACAACAACACAAACCCACCACUCCCCUCCAUCUCCGCCACUGAGCUCCGGUCCUUCUCCAGGAUGGGAGCCCAAGCUUCCCCGCGCAAGACCCACCCCUCCCCUCACCCUCUCACCUACACUCACUGGUGGCAAGUCACCCACCACUAAAACACCCUCUGCCCCAUCUCCACCUGCUCCAAGACCAAAAGACCAUGCCCCAGUCCCGGGCAGACACCCUCUUCACCCCCCUUCAAACACCACUGGCCGGGGGCCUCCCCCUCCACCUCUGGGACCUCCUACCCGCCCAGACAGACCAGAGAGGCCUCCAGUGGUCAUAGAGAAGCCAGGAAGCGCUCCACCCACCAGGACCAUUACCACCACCACCAAGGCUACAACCACCACCACCACCGGCAUUACCACCACCACCACCCAAAUCACAGCCAUCAGCUUGACCAGAGCCCCUCCAGUCACUACACCCAGAGUGGCCCAGACUCCACCCACCAGACAGUACCUGUGUAACGUCACCAAGCCAGAGAUGUACCUGGUCAGAGUAGUCAGCUCCAAAGGUUCGUCAGCAGGUUUUGGUCAAGUCAGAGAUCUUCUGAAGAGAGAAUUCAACCGCUCAGUGGAGCUGCAGUUCCUGAGAACUCCGUCCAGUUUCGCCUUCCGAGUCGUGUCAGGACCGCUGAUCUACACCGCCAUGUCAGUCAUAAAUGCCCUUCGCCAACCGCCACGUGGUUCUGGCCCUGUUCCCACUGUGUCACCGCUCUACACCAUACCUGACCUCAGGUACCAGGUGCACUCGGUGCUGCAGUUUAUACCCACCCACAUUGACAUUAGAGUCUGCAACUUCAGUGACCAAGUUGAGAGAGGGCUGAUGAUGGCAUACGCUGAGACACGGAGACGAUCUAAUGAAGCAGGAAACAUCACUGUACAGCUGUUGAACAUCACCAUGGGCGUGGCCCGGCUGGGAGCAGAGCAGAAGGUUUCUGUUGACAUCACAUUUGCGGUGCGUGAUGGGCGGGACUACCUGCCAGGGUCAGAGGUCAGCGACCACCUGAGGAAGCUCAGCCUAGUCGAGUUCAGUUUCUACGUCGGAUUUCCUGCCCUCCAGAUCGCAGAACCGUUCCACUACCCUGAGCUGAACACGUCUCACCACCUGCGCUCUACCUGGGUUCGUACAGUCCUGUUGGGGGUUCAGGAGCAGUUGGUGGCUGAGAGAAGUUUUAAAGCUCGACUAGAGAGACGUCUGGCUCUGCUGCUGGAGGAAGGACUGCAGACGUCCAGCAGGAGGCGCCUGAGGAGAGCGACAGCUGUGGGCAACAACAGUCUGCAGGUGGUUCGAGUAACAAAGUUGUCAGGGCCAGAGCGCCCCCUGGAGGUCUUUUAUUUUGUGGAGGGUCCAGGUGGAGAGCGGAUACCAGCCGAGGUGACAGCAGCCACCCUGAACCGCCUGGACCUUCAGCGAGCCGCCAUCGUACUCGGACACCGAGUCCAGAGACCACUUGCCCAACCUGUGGAAACUCUGUCCGUCCCCCCGGCAGAGACUCAGAGCAGCAGUAUCUGGCUGAUUGUUGGAGUCGUCGUCCCUGUCCUGCUGGCUGUCUUCAUCAUCAUCAUCCUUUACUGGAAGCUGUGCGGUUCGGAGAAGCUGGAGUUCCAGCCAGAUGCCAUCAACACAAUCCAGCAGAGACAGAAGCUUCAGGCUCCCAGUGUGAAAGGCUUCGACUUCGCCAAGCUCCACCUCGGUCAGCACAGUAAAGAUGACAUCAUGGUGAUCCAGGAGCCUGGCCCACUGCCCGCCCCCGUCAAAGAGGCCACACCUUCUGACGGCGGUGACCUCAACACCCCCAAAUCUAAAGGAUCGUCCACCAAGGCAACUCGGUCCGGCCGUCGCAGGGGCAGACUCAGCCCGUCAGACGGUGAUUCGUUGGGCAGCGACCAAUCAAGCGGCAGAGAAUCAGCCGAAGAAAGCACCCGGCCUGUGGCCACGCCCAGUGAAGGGAAACAGCACAGGAAAACGGCCAAAAACGGGAGGAGCAAGAUUGGCAGUGGUCCUGAAGAGCUUCUCUCCUCAUCCUCCAUCUUUGACCAUGUCGACCGUCUGUCUCGCGGCUCGUCUGAUGGCACACGUCGCCAGGCCAACAAGGUACAGCUGAUCGCCAUGCAGCCACGCCCAAGCCCACCACACGCCCCAUCUCAGCCGAGCCCCACGCUCACUGAGAAGGUCAACACAGAGGUGGCGCUGCGACACAAGUCAGAGAUCGAGCAUCAUAGAAACAAGCUACGACAGCGCGCUAAGAGGCGAGGUCAGUGUGAGUUUCCCUCUAUGGACGACAUCAUGGACGCGUUCGGUGAUGGACCAGUGCAGGGUGACGUGGCACAGCGUCUCUAUAGCUCUGCCCAUGACCACAUGGACUGCAUCCUACAGGCCGACGCCCACUCACCUCCCACACCCACAGACUCCAGAAGGAGAGGAAGGCGCUCUCCUCGAGGUCGGCGGGCUCAGCCAGGACCGGGAAGUCUUCCUGAUACAGACAGAGACCGGCUGCUCACCGAUCAGAGCGCCACCUACAGGAAAUACCCUGGACUCAACAACGUGGCCUACAUGUCAGACCCUGACCUGCCCCCAGACCACGGCAGCCCCUCCCCUACAGAUGAGGUGUUUGACCCUGCCCCAGCCCCACCGCCCUACAUGCCCCCCCAGCCCUCCAUCGAAGAGGCACGACAGCAGAUGCACUCAUUACUGGAUGACGCCUUUGCCCUGGUGUCACCGUCCUCACAGGGCAGCGCCGGGCUGAGUGGGGUAAGCCCUGCCCUGCCCAGCCCCUCCCCACAGGCCUGCCCCCCAGGCAGGCAGUGGGGCUCUUACCCAGCAGCCCCCUCUCACAGCCCCUUUUCUGCAAGAUACGCCGAGCUGGGAAUGUCUCCCACAUCAGUCCAGGGCCUGCUGCAGAGGCAGGGCCUGAACUCAGGAGGGUAUGUCUCUACUGGAGACCAGAUGCAGGAGUCAGUUUACUCGAACAGAGGGCAGUAUGAGGACCCUCCCUCCUCAUCCAGACCACGACCUGUAGGGGGCAGCACAGGUGCACAGCUCCACCACUUAACCCAGGUGGGUUUGUCGAGUCAGAUUGGUGCGUACCCUGGGGUGGGUCGCAGCAUGUCCGGUCCCACUGGCUCCAGCUGGAACCAGCAGCACUCAGACCAGGACCUGUCCAGACCAGGAGCCAGCAGAGAGAGUGUGCUGUCUUUUCCCGAGUUCUCCUCUUCCUCUGUUUUCCAGAUGCCCAGCUCCUCGUUGCGAGACCCGACAGCUCCACCUCUCCUCCUGACUUCACCGACUCCAGAGUACCCACCAGAGGAUGCCUCCCCCUCUGCUCACACCUCUGCCUCCCUUAUAAAGGCUAUCAGGGAGGAACUGCGGCGUCUCGCUCAGAAACAGGCCGCAGUGACAAGCUACCCUUAGACUGAUUUGUAUCAGGACUCAACUGGUUUUAAACCACCCAGAGUCAUUAUGGACAGGAUCAAAAACAUAAAACUGACUUAAAUAUACUCUGGACUCUCUUGAUCUAAUCUACGCCUGUGCCGCUAAAUCCAAAACAACUCUGGACCACGAUCUGCAUCUGGAAAAUGAGGACAGUGUCUCCCGACUGAAAGACCUCCAGUAUUUUACAGGGUCCCGUCUGUCUGUCCAUCAUCCAUUCAGCUCAGUGUUUAUUGGACAGGAGAUUGACCUUUCACCUUUCAACUGAAGUGCUUCCUGGGAUCAUUCAAUGAUCAUCCUUUUGGAACUUCAGGAGCGACAAUUAAUUCCUGGAUUUCUGGACCGGAUCGUCUUUCUUUGACCUUCUGGAAUUGAUCCUCUGCCCUGAAUAUCUGGAGCUGAACACCCUUCCUGCCCAAAUUGAGUGGGAUGAUACCUCUAGACAUUCAAGAGCUGAUGGUCCCUCCAGAUCCUCUGGAGAAGAUUGUCCUGCCAGAUCUCCUGGAUUGAAUGGUUCCUUGAGGACCGUCCACACUGUACACUCCUGAUUUUGUGGGACAGAGUAUUCAUUUUGAAUGUCUGUGAGUUUUGAAGCAAUUCCUCCCUUUUGAAUUUCUAGAGCUCACUGCACUGAGCUUCUGGAGUGGCAGUUUGCUGCUGAACUAUGGGAAUGGGUCAUCUCCAUUUAUACUCCGGAGUGGAUGAUCCUUCCUGGAAUUCUGGAGUGAAUGAUGCCUCUCAGAAGAUCAGUACUCCUGACUCCUCACCCUGGAGUGGAUGGUACUGUCUACUCCUCUGGGGCUUUUCAGACCUCCUGGAGUUGUGGAGGGACGGUCCCCCUUAAACUACUAGAUUAAUUUUUUUAAUCCCUCCGGACCCUCUAGAGUCGAUUGUCCCUCCUGAAUUUCUGAAGUGGAUUUUCCUUCUGGAUCUUCUGUGGUGCUAACCGUCAGCCUCAUACCAUCUCCUCAUUGACCACUUAUUGCCUUUCACACUCCCAUCAGCCACAGGGAUCAGGUCUCUGUUCAUAAACCAUAUCAGUGAGGUCUAGCACUGUCGACAGCUGGAGGUGGCAAACAGUUCAUAUUGCAAAGGAACGCAAAACAGAAAAAAAGUAUAUAUAAAUAUCUAUAAGAAUUAAUUUAAAUAUCUGUAAAGAGAUAGAAUCAAAAUGAGCACAAUAUUCAUGUAAGAGUUAUUAUUGGAGUAUUGAAAUGUUACUUAUUUUUUAUUGCUUAUAUAUGAAAGUAUACUUUAUUUUGAUCAAAAAAAGACCAAACUACUGUUCUAUGGUUGUAUUCCUCUUGUGUUUGAGCUCGCUGUAGAUUUUGAGCCGACGCUUGUUUAUCUGUGGAGACGUUGCUUAUCGUAGCUGCUCGCUCGUGUGUUCAGUGGCAAUGACAAAAAAAGAAAAACGCUAAUGCAUCGCUUUGAUAUAAAGGUUUCUCAUCGCUGAUUUGCUGCAUCCAUCAAUUUUUAUGGGCACAACACACUAAAAAUGAGUUUAUCACAUGACAAGUGAAUAAAAAGUGUGUCUGUGCAGGAGCAGAGAGGGAACCAGUCACUCAUCACAACCAGAACAAGUACUUCAGCUAAGGCUAAAAGCAGACACCUCAGUGCCCCCUGGAGGAUGUCUUGUUCAUUGCACACGAGAAAACAGAUAAGUUUAACAGUUUUUGACAGUAUUAAAUAAACUUCAAACUAAUCUGCCUAAGCAGUAGUAUAGCAAACAAAAAAGGACCAAAGACAGAUCCUUGGGGCACACCACAAGUUGUAUAGGUGGUCCAAUUAAAUGUUCUCAGUUUGUUGAAUGCUAACUCUGACAAUUAUAACAAACCCAUCACAUUGUUAUGAUAAAGCUUAUGUCAAUGAUAAUUACUAGUAAUUUUAUCAGUAGUAGUCAGUUGCCAGAAUAACUUUUGGCAGUGAGUUUCUGCAAACCACAUAUAUGUUCGAACUUAACUUUCUUUGGGUUGAAUUUUCACUGUUUUGUUGUGACAACAAUGUGCUGUGGUCUGGUUAGGUUUAAGCACAAAAGCCACAUGGUAAUUGAUAAAGAUCAAACAUCCUGAUGUCUGAUUAAAAUAUCCAGUGGUCCCCUGGCUGUCUCACCAACGCCAUUUCCUCCAUCUCCGACAUGAAAGUCAGCUCAUAAACAUCUAAUGUGACAUGAUUAGCUAGAUAGAUAGUUUAUUCCAAAUAUGUAAAAAAAAAAAAAAAAAAAUUAAAAAAAUCAUACCUUAAUGGGCAUUGUAGAGAAGAAAAGAGAGAAAAAUAAAAAAUAAAAAAUUGAAAAUAACAAAGUAAACAUAACUAAAAAAUAUACAUUCUGUUUACAUAUCCAAAAAGGAGUGGGAAGAAGUAUAAACUUCUUUUAUUCUACUCCCUUUUAAUAUAUAAUACCACUGAAAUAUGUUGCCUUCUAUCAAUAUAAUAAUAAUAAUAAUAAUAAUAAUAAUAAUAAUAUAACAUACACAUACUAAAGAUGACACAGAGUACAAUAGAUAUAUAUAUAAUAGAUACAUGAUUUGACACAUACUCAAGCAUUUGGAAAUCGUCCCAUUAACCUUUAUCUUAAUCUGCUGGUUGUACAGUCGAAUCACUGGUUUCCCUCUCUGCUGUUUUCUCUGUGGUGUUGUGAAUAAGUCGGUUGCUCAUAUAAAUUGGUUCCAAGGGUACUAGAGGGUUUUUUUGUCUUUGCUCUUAUUCAGCAUGUUUGACUAAGUUUGGCUGUAGCCACUCGUGAUGUUGCGGUUAAUGUUUAGCAUGCUGCCAAAAGAUGUUAAAAACAAAGUUUAAAUAACUAAAGAGUUGUUCUACAUCAAGUUAAGAGUGAGCAAAGAGUGCCAUAAAAAAAACAUCGUUCAUCCAAACACAGUAGAAAAAAAAAACAUAUGAAACAUUUUUUGUUUUGUUUUGCAUAGCCAAAAGAUAUUUUUUAAUCUAAAUAAAGAUGGUUACAGUAAACAGUAUAUAAACAAAAGUGGAUAUGGUGUUUAAUAGAAAACAUAAUAUAUAGAAAAUAUUUUAUCUGUGAUUGCUGUGCUGAAUGGACUCAAAGAUCUGCCCGGCAACAGUGCCAACACAUCUUUCAUGGACCAGAAACCAACUGCAGAGCUCUUCACCGCUGGAGACUUUUCCGAUUGGACCUAGCACCUGUCAGUCAAGCUGUAGGACUCUGCCACGCCUACAGGGUCACAUGGUGCUAACUCAACAACUCAAGGUGUGUCUGAACUUCAUCAGAUCACACACAAAACACAAAAACAAUUGAAACCCAGCAGGUGUCCUGAUUGAAAAGAGAAGUUCUUCUUCUGAAGCUGCUGUGCUGCAGGUUUCACAACUUCUCCUGAAUGUUUCCUUAAGUGUUUUCUAUACUUUCAGAGUUUCUGUGUUUUCUAGAGCUGUGAUCCUCAGUGAGAAUCCAGCAGACUACCAGUCACACUGAGGACGUUUACUCAUGACCAAACUACUGAUUCACACUGAUACUCACCUGGUACGAAUGUGUUUAGAGCCCAAAAAAUCCUGAAAGCUUGUAGCCCUUUAAUCUUAUUCACACACGUUAUUAAUGUGCAAAUGAAAUACUGACUUGUUCUUACAACAUGUUAACUUGUAGACUUGUGUCAACAUGUCACUAUUACACACAAGUGAUAAACUGUUAAACAAUAUACCAACACGUGCAGAGUAUGUUGACUAACAAGACAAAAGAGGCUUACGUGUGCAAACAAAAUACUUUUUUAUGUGUGUAAAAUAUUAAUUUGUGCAAACAACAUAAAUUACUAAUCAGAUAAAUAAUUAGAUAGCAAAAUGUCAUCUUCCACAGAUUAAAAACAAGAUUAUUAUUACAAACAAGAUAGAACAAUUGUUUGAACAGAUGCAAACCUCUGAACAAGAUACUGACUGAUGACUCAUCAAACAAGAUACAAGAUAAUGAACAAAGUACUAAUUUGUUUGUGCUAGAUAUUAAUUUCAGCAAACAAAAUAAUACAUUCUGUGAACAGGGUGUCAACUUCUGCUUGUCAAACUGAAUAUAAGAAAUUAACUUGUGUGUUGUACUUGGUAGUCAGAUCAGGAUUUACAUCUGUAAAAACAACUUGUGGGAACAAAAUCUUUGUUUUCAGUCUUUAGUCUUUAGUUUUGUCAUGAGUGAAUUUCCAUACCGGUGUUUCUCUGGAUCGAACCACAUUCCUGUUGUUCCUCUGAGACUCUGCUCCAACACGCAGCUUCACCAACCAGGUGAGUUCAGUCCGACUGUGAUCCAGCUGUGAUCAGGUGAAGCCGCCUGGAGGAAACAGAGUCUGAGGGAAAAGUUAUUUUGAUGUUGAAUCAGUGACACUGCCAGCACACUCACCUGUUCAACAGCGCCAGGUGAGUCUUCAGCUGAUCUGUCACAUGACAAACUGUGUGUGAGCUGCAUCCUGUGGUGUUCAAAGAUUGUGUUAACAAACAUUAAAGAGAUGUGUUCAGAUUCA